CAGGGAUUCAUGCUCCUCUUACCAUCGUAUAUUGGUGUGGGCUUCCUUGAACUUCCUUAUAUCGUAAAACUUUUGGGACUUUGGAGUGGGAGUUGCGGUCUGCUCUUUUAUGGAUUUUUGAACGAAUUGGGAACUUUGGUUUUAGCACAAAGUGCACAGCGUCUAACAGAAAGAACUGGUGAUACCUUUGGAGACAUGGGGAAAGUUGCGGAAAUGAGUAUGAAGGUGGGGUCUCCGUGGUUGCAACCUCACGCAAGGAAAUUGAGAUUUUAUAUUAAUUUCUGUACGGUGAUGACUUGUGGUCUUGCUAUGCCAGAUUUGAUUUCACUGAUGAACCUUUUUGGACAAGAUGUUUUCCACCAGUAUGUCACUGUCAGUAACACCGUGUCCAUCAUCGUAAUUUCGGUGCUGUUGUUGCCUAUAUACUUAACACGGCGAAUGAAGAUACUCUCGUUUUUAGCGACGGCAGCAAACAUUGUUCUCCUUGGAAUAUUCAUAAUAUCGUUUGAGUACAUUUAUCAGGACCUACCAAAUGCCAGCACACGACCAGCUACAAAAUUUGUUGAUUAUAUAACAGUCACGUCGUUUACAAAUGAUGUAACUUUUUCAUACGGCGGGAUUAUAACGGUAUUACCAAUACGGAAUAGAAUGAAGAAUAAGAAGAACUUUGACGGCUGGAAUGGUGUGUUGGGGCUUGUUCUAACUGUCGUGACCAGUGUCCAUGUUUGUUGCGGUUUUUACGGAUACCUGAGAUUUGGAGAAAUGACUCAAGUAAACUAUUUGCUGAAUCUUCCAGGAGAUAAAUGGAUAUACAAGUCUUUGAAAGUUUUAUCUUUCAUUACCUUGUACUGCGCAACUGGGAUGGAUGUCUUUGUGAUGGUAGAGAUAGUAUGGACUCCCUUAAAGGAAAUAUUCAGCAGCCGUAACGAAAUCAUUGAGAACUAUGGUGAAUACAUCUGUCGUGUUAUUCUGCUGAUUUUCUCUUGUACAUUUACAAUUUUGGUGCCAGAGUUUGAACUACUGAUGUCACUGACGGGAUGUAUUGGAAUGUUGCCUACGACGUUUAUGAUUCCUUAUAUCAUAGCCAUGUUGACGCUGUAUGGAGAGAAAGAACCAACAUUACUGAUAGAUAAAGUUAAAAGGAAAUUAACAGUCGCAUUAUGUGUAGUAAUGAUUGUGUUUGGGACAUACUCUUUGAUAGCGGGGACCAGCGUUGCUGUGUAUAUGGCACUAAAUAACAUUAUAUUGUAA